AUGGCUGGCAAGGUGUUAAUUGUUCAAAGCCUAAGUAUUACAGAAUGGAAGCCAGUAACGGGCAGCUUGCCCCCAGCAACCGAAGAGGAUUGGGAGUCUGAAUUUAACAAGUACCGGUCAUCUCCGGAGUUCAAGAUGCUCAACCCGAACAUGACUUUAUCGGAAUUCAAGUCGAUUUACUAUAUGGAAUGGACACACAGACUCUGGGGCCGCUUUGUUGGAUUGUCAUUCGCCAUCCCAGCGCUAUACUUCAUUGCACGGAGGAAAGUCUCGGGGCCCAUGGCGUUGAGGAUCACAGGUAUUGCAGGCCUCAUAGGCUUUCAGGGGGUGCUCGGCUGGUGGAUGGUAAAGUCUGGGCUCAAGGAUGAUUUAUUUGCCACGGGAAGUCACCCUCGUGUCAGCCAGUAUCGACUUGUUGCGCACCUGGGCACCGCAUUCCUUUGCUACUGUGCUAUGUUUUGGAACGGCUUGUCUAUCCUUCGCACGCAUAAGCUGUUGGGCAAUCUUCAAGUGGCAGAGGCCAGUCUCCGAAGGCUGAGAAACCCAAGACUUCGCAUCUUCAGAUUGUCCGUAGGGGCGCUUGCUGUGCUGGUCUUCAUUACUGCCAUGUCCGGAGGGCUUGUUGCUGGUCUUGAUGCGGGCCUGAUAUACAAUGAAUUUCCCUACAUGGGACUUGGGUUGACGCCUCCAAAGUCUGAGCUCUUCUCAGACUUCUACUCGCACACACCCGACAACAGUGAUAUCUGGUGGCGUAACCCACUCGAGAAUCCAUCUCUGGUGCAACUAGACCAUCGGAUACUGGCAACUACGACUUUUACAUCGGUGAUGGCACUAUGGGCCUACUCUAGAUUUUCUAGCAAUGUCCGGACCAUUCUACCUGGCCCCGCCAGGAAAGGAGUUUACGGGGUCGUGGGAUUCGUAUUCCUACAAGUAGUCCUAGGCAUCAGCACUCUGAUCUAUCUGGUUCCGCUGCCGUUAGCAUCAGCACACCAAGCGGGAAGCCUAGCGCUACUGUCUUACGUCCUCAUACUGGGAAGUAGGUCUUGGCUCCCCAAUCGACGGGUCUCAACGCUCCUCGCCAAAAGAUUCGCGACCGCUAAAAUGACCCCGAAGAGGUCGGUUCAAUCAAAACUACGCAUGCGUAAACAGAACAACGCUUCUGAAGGAGCAUGGAAGACCGCAAUGGUCUGA